AUGGUCGACGAGAUCUCAGCCAGAGGUGAGGUCGUCCUCGCAGAGCUCAAACUCCUUGUAUCUCUCGCUGCAGAGCCAUCUAACCCACAUUCGGAGACUUCUAUACAACAAAACGGCGCUGCACCUGCUAGAAACCAUCCGACUAUCAUGAUCAAGACUCCACAACAGCCCCCACCAAAGGCUGCACCCGUCGCUUUUCCUCGUCGACGCACUCAGUCAAUCACAAAGUUGAACAAAUCGCCGCCAAGUAGCAAACCGAAAACAGACGAGAAUGUUCAUCCAGGAAAGGCCAAUCUUGACAUUGGGCGCGUCAAGCGAAAACUUUCUGGAGGACUGUCGAACAUACUCCGCCCGUGGCCUCUCGUUACCAAGACGCAGACACAGACACCGCCCGAGCGUCAGCCGCCAUCAACAUCAGUCGAUUCAGAGGAAAAGGGUGGUUUACGGAAAAUUAAGCGCAAAGUUUCCUCAAAUCUGCGCGCUAUGCGCGCCACGGCGAGCGAGGAGAAGCCACGCCCUGUCAAAGCCAGUAGCCAGCAGCGCAGCCGCGCCGUCAUGCUCGCAGGAGAGGACUGCAUUAAAGAGCGGGAAGAGCUCAUUUCGGCACUUGUUGGAGAGGCUAUGGCGGAUACAGAAGUACGAGAUGCCGUUCAAGCAAGAUGGGUUUCGGUUCCGUCUUCUGCAGAGAGAAUAAAGAUCAGAUAUGGGGAAAAACUGGCACGAUUUGGACCUAUUCUUGAGAUCCCAUCGAAGUCGUUAGCUGCGCUGAACGUGGAGGUGGUGGAGAUCCGAGAAAUACGGAGCGCCCCCGAGCUUCUCACCACUGAUGUGCCGAUCUUCCUCACAUCCUCGCACGUACCUUCGCUCGUCACAAGGCAUCCAAACACCCUUCUCGUUCAGCUUUCUUCCACAGAGCCAAGUGAAAACGGCAAGAGAGUCACUUCUCCGCCCACAUCAGCAGCCCUCGUAAUCAACGCCCUCAACGAGAGGUUAGACGCUAUCGAGAACAACAGGGACUCUUACCGAACGGAAGCGCCGCUGUCUCUCCUCGACGAGUGCUCUUUUGAGCUUCGUAGUGCCUCUCAAGACCUCGAGGCGGCUAGAAUGAACGCUCAUGCUCUAGAAGAACAAAUAGACGAAUAUAUUGCUCAACUUGAUACCCAACUAUCCGAAAUCAACGUUUCGCAACUAGUUCAAGAGAACAAACGCACUCUCCAAACGUCAUUCGACAAAUUCAAGUGGUAUCGUAUUUGGGACAUUGACACGGUCGGGGAUCAAAUAUCCUAUCACGUCGCUACGGGAUAUGGGGUUGCUCUUGAGCGCAAGCUUGAGUGGUACGCUGGUCUGAUGGCUGCGAGCCAAAGUCGGAUACGACAUCUCUGCGCAGACUUUAUGCAGAUGAUCCCUCGCUCUUUGGAUGCCGCGACCAUACAGAAUGACAUAGAAAGAAUACAGUCAACCACACCUUUCGUCGCCUCUUCGACCUUUACGGGCAUAGUAGCGCAUCGGCGUCGACAACUCAUGGAGAGUGUGACAAACCGGAUGCAAGCACGCUUUCUCCGGAGAGUCUAUAUUGCAAUGGCAGGUAUGCCAAUCGCUGCAGGCGCUCCCGCCAUGCUUUGGGCAAACGAGCUACUCAGCUCAACAUAUGCACUGCCAUCGGGGCUUUUGGCGAUAUUACUAUGUGUACGACAUGUAUCUGCCGGAUGGGAAAAGCUCGAACACACUGGUGGGCCCAAUAUGACAGAAUCAAUUCUGGCAUGGAGGAUGAUGUCGCGGCACUGGUGA